AUGGUCGUGCAGACAAACGAAGGGAUGGCACACAAACAGACACCAAGAGACUUCUUGAAACUCAUAGUCGGGAGACCAGUGGUAGUUAAGCUUAACUCAGGUGCUGAUUACAGAGGUGUUCUAAUUUCUCUAGACGGUUAUAUGAAUGUGGUGUUGGAACAGACUGAAGAGUACGUUGACGGUCAGUUAAAAAACAAAUAUGGUGAUACGUUCAUCCGAGGAAACAACGCACACAAAAGCGUUGGUGAUUGA